AUGGGACCCAGUUACCGCGACGCGGCCGUGCUGGCAACAGCGGCUGUCGCUCACUGUGUGAGCAGGAUUCGACGGCUGGGCCUGGAAGUAGCGCUUCCAAACAAGUGGAACUUCAGAGCACACUUUGAGCGCCUGGCGCCCAGGUUGGUGCGAGCGGCUGCGGCCUUUGGGCGCAUACUGCCAAAUCUGGGUGGGCCUAAGGCAUCAUGCCGCCGCCUGUACACGGGAGUCCUGCGCUCAAUGGCUCUCUACGGUGCCCCAGCGUGGGCUGACGCACUCAGUGAUAAGAACAUAUCACAGCUACGGCGACCGCAGAGAGUGAUGGCGCAGCGAGUGAUAAGAGGGUAUAGGACAGUAGGUACUGAAGCAGCUUGCGCCCUAGCGGGAACCCUACCCUGGGAUCUGGAGGCGCAAAUCCUGGCUUCCCUAUUCGUAUGGCGUAAGGAGGCUCUGGCUCGCGAUCUCUGGCCAGCGCCCCAGGAGAUCAGAGCGCAGCGAGAGAUACUUCACCAGGCAGCAGUAGAGCGGUGGUCAGCCAGGCUUGAGCACCCAAGCGCAGGAGUCCGCACCAUCGAAGCGAUACGGCCAGUGCUCCAAAAAUGGUUAGACCGUACUUUCGGGCCAUGGCUGCUUCGGCUCGUACCUGUACAAAGUCGCUCGGAGAGAGCCGACACCGGAGUGCCACGCGUGCGGGGCUGGCGAGGACUCGGCCUGGCACACGCUGGCCGAGUGUCCGGCAUGGGGGCGGAGCGGCGGGAGGUGGUGGCCCGGGUGGGGCCAGACCUGUCGCUGCCGGCGGUGGUGCGGGCCAUCGUGGCUAGCGAAGAAGGGUGGGAGGCUCUGCUCUCUUUCAGCGAGCACGUCCUCAAAGAGAAGGAGGCGGCGGAGCGCGAACGGGAAACCCAGGCCGAGGCAAACCCGAUGCGCCGCCGCCGCACAGGCCGCAGACGUGCCGCUCACGAGCGGAACCUGCCACCCUAA